GUCAUUUCCCAGCCCAACCCAACCCCAAAAAAAACUUACAGGGAAAAAAAACGUUGGAUUGUCAUUUGGGAGGUGAACGAACUCCUUUUAAUUUUUAGACUGCAACAUUACUAAACGAAGAUUGCAAAUUAAUUAUUUUUUUUCGGAUACCACGCGAACUCCUGAGUUCGGAAACAGUAAAAUAAAAUAAUAAUAAAAAGUUUUUUUGGAUGUUCGCCGAGUUCUAUAGUUUUUGGGACUAUUUUUUGUCUCCUGGAUACAAGAAGGAAACCGGAUCUCCGCUCAGGCGACUCAAAGCAGAACCUCAAGCCCCUGAACGACUGAGAAAGGGGAGAGAGAAAAGAGAAAAGGAGGAAGAACGAAAACAGAACAGACUGGGAAAUAAGUGGAACUAACAACUUAAAACAAAACAAAACCGGCAGACCAGAUUUAAUAUCAAACCGAAAGAAAACACAACAGCUGAUUACUCAGACAAGCACACAGAUACAAAGAGACGUCGAUCAACACGUAACUGCAUUUAGACAAAUAGAGACAUUCUCAAUAUCAACACAAAGAACCUGUACCGUGACUGACUCACAAACUGAUACUGACGUGUAUAAAGUAAUUCGAAUUGUAAUACUGUAGAUGCAGACUAGACUGGGGAAUAUAUUGUAUACAUUUGCUCUUCUGAGAUCGAUGUGUGUAGCUGGCAGUCUCAAACUGACAGGCGAUAGGUUUUAGCUGUAGAGACAGAAACACUGUUCAUUUAUAACUGAAUAUCAGAACAGUUAUGAAUAGGAUUGGUUAAAAGAAGGAAGGAAAGACUCCACUGAAAGACGAUUUUCCUUUGAUCCAGUGACACACACAGGCACGCUCCUCAGUUUGAAGAGCUCUGCUGGUCUCUGAGGUGAGCUCUGCCCGGUGCAGCUUCCCCCUCAAGGCGACACACAGAUGCUCCGCGUGGACAGAUUGUGAAUCUGUGCAGCCUGGUACAAGUCCAGACGGGUUCAUUGGCUCCCGGCCCGCUUGUGGUCUGAAAUACCGACACGAACUGAGACCGAAGAAGCGAGAGGCAGAGAGACGCGGACGCGACCAGACGAGACACAGAAAGAGCAGAGAUGCCGAUCCUCAAGCCUUCCCGUAGCCAUAGCGACGGCGUGGGCGGGGCUAACUCCUUCCGCCGCCCCCGAUUGGACCCCACCAUGAUCUCUGCCCCCUUGGGAGACUUCAGACACACCAUGCAUGUGGGGAGGGGCGGAGAUGCCUUCGGGGACACCUCCUUCCUGUCCAAUCACGGGCCGGCACCCAAGUCCACACCCCCUGUGCCGGACCCCGUUCACCAGCCAGGCAAAGCUGCCAUGACAACAACGACCAACAACAACAACAAUGACAGAGGUAACAAUGGAAACAGCUACAAUUCCACCACACCCAGCAUGGCCGCUGGAAGCUACGCAGCCUCUAUGGAAGCUGGGAGGGCUGUUGACUCACCCAAUAUGGCUGCCAGUGGAUACAGCAAUGGCCCCUCCCACCCUCCUCUCAAACACUCUGAGUCCAUCUCCUCCUUCAGCCUCGACUUGGAUCUGGGGCCCUCCAUGUUAGGGGAAGUUUUAGGGGUGAUGGAAAGAGAUGACCAGGUCGACACAUGGGCGGGGCUUAUCGGCAAAGAGGCGGGGCUAGAACCGGGCAGUAAAACUAAGUGGGAGGGAACUGGGGGAAAGGGAGUUCAAGGAAAUGGGGAAGGGGGAGGGGAGAGGUCUAGAGCAGAGAUAGGGUCAGUCCGAGAAACUGAUUCGACAAACGGAAUUCCCAGCUCCCAAGAUGACACCCCUUGUGAAAGCCAAGACCACACCCCCAGGAACGGAAGCCACGCCUCUUCGGUGAGCUCAGAGUAUGAAGGGGUGAGUGAGGGAGAGAGGGAGAGAGAGAGGCAGCCCAAGCUUGGAGGGGGUGAAAUGCUGAGGGCUAGUUUGCAUAAGAAGCCCCCUCUGGAUCUAUCAGAUUCGGAGGAGGAAGAGGAUGGGCAGGGCUACGUGUUCGAAGAUGAUUUUGACGAUGAGAUCGGCCUAUAGGAUACCUGCUUUUUUUUUUUGUUUUUUUUAGUGGGCGGGUUAAAAAAAAAUACAAAAUAUGAAACUGUGGACUUUCAAAGUUGUCAAUCCUUUAUUUUUUUUGGUGCCAUUUCUCAACGGCAUUUCUGGACUAAUAGUUAAGGAUGUAUGGUGGGGGGUGUGGUUACUUUUUUACAAAAUUUCCGGGGGAAACCUCUGUAACCAUCAUCUUCCCAUGUAUGACCACUUUAUUGGAAACUAGGUUGACUUUUUUAAAGUCCUCUGCAGCCAUCAUCUUCCCACAGUGGUCACAAGUUGCUUCAUUCCAACCAAACCUAUCGACUUACAGUAGACAGAGCAGUAGUUCUACAAUCCUUUCCACUCCACUUUAACUCGCACCUUUUUCACUGCCUCCCUCAUCACUGGAUACAGUUGAAGUAGCAGUCUACGAUUUAACAAAAAAUAAUACGUGUGGGACUGAUUCACCUGCUAUAGCACUGUCAAUAGCACACCAUGGGGCUGAUUCACCUGCCAUAGCACUGUCAAUAGCACACCAUGGGGCUGAUUCACCUGCCAUAGCACUGUCAAUAGCACACCAUGGGACUGAUUCACCUGCUAUAGCACUGUCAAUAGAGUGCACACCAUGGGACUGAUUCACCUGCCAUAGCACUGUCACUAGCACACCAUGGGGCUGAUUCACCUGCCAUAGCACUGUCAAUAGAGUGCACACCAUGGGACUGAUUCACCUGCCAUAGCACUGUCACUAGCACACCAUGGGGCUGAUUCACCUGCCAUAGCACUGUCAAUAGAGUGCACACCAUGGGACUGAUUCACCUGCCAUAGCACUGUCACUAGCACACCAUGGGGCUGAUUCACCUGCCAUAGCACUGUCAAUAGAGUGCACACCAUGGGACUGAUUCACCUGCCAUAGCACUGUCAAUAGCACACCAUGGGACUGAUUCACCUGCCAUAGCACUGUCAAUAGAGUGCACACCAUGGGACUGAUUCACCUGCCAUAGCACUGUCACUAGCACACCAUGGGGCUGAUUCACCUGCUAUAGUACUGUCAAUAGCACACCAUGGGACUGAUUCACCUGCUAUAGCACUGUCAAUAGCACACCAUGGGACUGAUUCACCUGCCAUAGCACUGUCAAUAGAGUGCACACCAUGGGACUGAUUCACCUGCCAUAGCACUGUCACUAGCACACCAUGGGACUGAUUCACCUGCUAUAGUACUGUCAAUAGCACACCAUGGGACUGAUUCACCUGCUAUAGUACUGUCAAUAGCACACCAUGGGACUGAUUCACCUGCUAUAGCACUGUCAAUAGCACACCAUGGGACUGAUUCACCUGCCACAGCACUGUCAAUAGAGUGCACACCAUGGGACUGAUUCACCUGCCAUAGCACUGUCAAUAGCACACCAUGGGACUGAUUCACCUGCUAUAGUACUGUCAAUAGCACACCAUGGGACUGAUUCACCUGCUAUAGCACUGUCAAUAGCACACCAUGGGACUGAUUCACCUGCCACAGCACUGUCAAUAGAGUGCACACCAUGGGACUGAUUCACCUGCCAUAGCACUGUCAAUAGCACACCAUGGGACUGAUUCACCUGCCAUAGCACUGUCAAUAGCACACCAUGGGACUGAUUCACCUGCUAUAGCACUGUCAAUAGCACACCAUGGGACUGAUUCACCUGCCAUAACACUGUCAAUAUGGUGUAGGGCUGCCAUUUUUAUAUACCAUAAAGCAGAAUACAUAUCAGGGAUGUAUACAAAACCUAAUCCAUCACAGGACAGUAUGUGCUACAUAAUGCCGGUAUUCCCAAAUUAUUUGACCACAAUUGUAUCCGAAAUUGUUAAUACCACCCCCCCUCCCCCCCCCCCAUUAAUAAAAACCUCCAAUGUAAUACUUUUCUGAAGUAUAUGUUAUAUAUAUAUAUAAUAUGUUAUAUGUUUGUUUGUGUGUAUGUCUGUAUAAGUUUAUAUAAAAACACUAAUCGCAUGAACAAAUGUAUAUAGUUGGUAAGAAAUGUUUCUUUCAUUUUCUUCUAUUCAAUUGUUAUUGUCCUCUUGUCAUCCUAAAACACAGAAGUCAAGUAAAACUUUAUAUAAAGACCACUUCAGUGUGAAGGCCACUUUCUGUUCCUAUUGACAACAAUGCAAAGCCAGCUUCAAUAGUAACACUAUCCCCUCUAUUCAGUAAUAAGACCACCCCCUCUAUUCAUUAAGGCAACCCCCCAUAUUCAAUAUUAAGAUAUGAGGAAGGCUGUUUUCCCCCUCCCCUUCAUCUCCCCUGUCUUUCUCUGCCUUCUCCUCCUCCUCCCCUCUCUCUCCUCUUGUUAGGAAUAUAAGAAACCACAUUUGUUUCUAAUGAAAUCCUUUAUAUAUAUAUAUAUAAAAAAUAUAUUUUUCUAAAACAAAAACGUUCCAAAAAAAUUGUAAAAACACAUUGGAGUGUUUUUCUCAGUUUUUUUAACCAAUAUGCUUUUGUUCUGCAUAUCUUUAAAAAGUUUAUUUUUAAAGUUAUUCUCUGACAUGCCUCUGUGUUUUGCUGUAUCUCAAUUAAAAAUGUUUAUCUGUUCAGUGCAA